ACUGAAAGGAAGUGCAUGGUGGAAAGGACUACAACUGGGACACACCAGAAGCAGUUUAAUCAGCGCGCCAGCUCUGUUUGUCUUAAUCUCCGAAAAAAGUGGACAGGGCAACAUUAUGUGAAUAACAACAUCCGACUGUGGAUUACCCUGCUUCUUCGGGGCAGUUGUGGAGUAAUCAUACACCAACAGAGGAUGGCAGGAAAACACGCUGACAAGGAAUACAAUCAUUUUUGGAUGUGUUGACAGCUGCUCUCUUCCGGCCCAAAACAAAGCAAGCAUCGGGAUUCCCUUUGUCUGCACGUGUGGAUGAGCUGUGAAGAAGGAGUGGAUGUGAAGCUGCCGUGGUUGGAUAGCAAGUGAGAAACAACCGAGAAAAGAUGAGGAAAAGCAGAAGUGUUCUCUCUGUCUCUCCCAACAAUGACUGCAAAGAGCCUCCGGAUUGCUGCCUCAGUGAAUCUUUCACCUCUCCCUCGUGCACUCUGGGUGUUGACCUGCGCCGGGGCCGACGCCGCUUCUCAGGCAACCUGCAGUUACCCCCGUUGUCAUGGCGUCAGGGGGAGAGGUCAAGGACACCUGAUGAAGAAAUCAUACCGAGGCCAACAUCCUUGCCGUUCGGAGCACCUCCCAGGAUAGAUAUUACGCCGGUUGAUCCAGAAUGUUUUGAUGUGGAGAAUGGCCCGUCCACCAGCUGCAGCCCUCUGGACCCCCAGGCCUCCCCCGGCUCUGGUCUGGUCCUCCACACUAACUUCCCUGGUCAUAACCAGAGGCGAGAGUCCUUCCUCUACCGCUCUGACAGCGACUAUGACCUGUCACCCAAGUCCAUGUCACGAAACUCCUCCAUCGCCUCUGAACUACAUGGAGAUGACCUGAUCGUGACGCCUUUUGCUCAGGUUCUGGCAAGCCUUCGAAGUGUGAGGAAUAACUUCACUGUUCUGACCAAUGUCCAGUGUGCCUCCAGCAAGAGGUCUCCUGCAGCAACCACUCAGCCUCCCAUCACCAGAGUGUGUCUCCCAGAUGAGGCCUACCAGAAGCUGGCCACGGAGACGAUGGAGGAGUUGGACUGGUGUCUGGACCAGCUGGAGACCAUCCAGACCUACCGCUCCGUCAGUGACAUGGCCUCCAAUAAGUUCAAGAGGAUGUUGAAUCGGGAGUUGACGCACCUAUCUGAGAUGAGUCGAUCCGGGAAUCAGGUUUCAGAAUUCAUCUCCAACACCUUCCUAGACAAACAGAAUGAGGUGGAGAUGCCGUCGCCGACAUCUAAGACGCGAGAAAAGAAGAAGCAGCAGAGGCAGCAGCUGAUGACACAGAUCAGCGGAGUCAAAAAGGUUUCCCAUGGGCCUUCGCUCUCCACCAGCAGCAUCUCACGUUUCGGCGUCAAGACCGAUAAGGAGGAGCUGCUGUCCAAAGAGCUGGAGGACCUCAACAAGUGGGGCCUGAACAUCUUCACUGUUUCAGAGUAUUCCAAUAGUCGGCCUCUUACCUGCAUCAUGUAUGCCAUCUUCCAGGAGAGAGACCUGUUAAAGACAUUUCAAAUCCCUGUGGAUACGUUCGUGGCCUACAUGAUGACGUUGGAGGAUCAUUACCAUUCAGAUGUGGCCUACCAUAACAGCCUGCAUGCUGCUGACGUAGCCCAAUCCACACACAUUCUCCUCUCCACCCCCGCCCUAGAUGCGGUGUUCACAGAUCUUGAGAUCCUAGCAGCCAUCUUUGCUGCAGCUAUCCAUGAUGUUGACCAUCCUGGAGUAUCAAACCAGUUCCUAAUCAAUACCAACUCUGAGCUGGCGUUGAUGUACAAUGAUGAGUCUGUGCUGGAAAACCAUCACCUGGCUGUGGGAUUCAAGCUACUACAGGAAGACAACUGUGAUAUAUUCCAGAACGUCCCUAAGAAGCAGCGACAGUCCCUCCGCAAGAUGGUCAUCGACAUGGUUUUGGCCACUGACAUGUCCAAACACAUGAGUCUGCUGGCUGAUCUGAAGACUAUGGUGGAGACAAAGAAGGUGACAAGUUCAGGAGUGCUGCUGCUGGAUAACUACACAGACAGGAUACAGGUGCUGCGUAACAUGGUGCACUGUGCCGACCUGAGUAACCCCACCAAGUCCCUGGAACUGUAUCGUCAGUGGACUGAUCGGAUAAUGGAGGAGUUCUUCCACCAGGGAGACAGAGAGAGGGAGAGGGGGAUGGAAAUCAGUCCUAUGUGUGAUAAACACACAGCCUCAGUGGAGAAGAGCCAGGUGGGUUUCAUCGACUACAUCGUGCACCCUCUGUGGGAGACAUGGGCCGAUUUGGUCCAUCCUGAUGCUCAGGACAUUCUGGACACGCUGGAGGACAACAGGAACUGGUACCAGAGCAUGAUCCCCCAGAGCCCAUCCCCGCCCUUCUACGACCAGGGCGUGCACGGACACAGUGGGGGGACUGGGGGUCAGGGAGGCGGGGAGAAAUUCCAGUUUGAGCUCACCGUGGAGGAGGAGGACUUGAAUGGAAUAGAGAAGGAUGGCGAAGGGGAGGAGGAUGAGGAAGAAGAGGAAGAGGAGGAAGAUAGCCUGGGAGACUCUCGGUCUCCUCCCCUGGACUAUUUGGACGGUCCGGAGCUUGAGGAGGGAAGCAUGAUAGAGCCGGCAAUAGAGAUUGUGACUCAUGAGGCAUCACCCACAGACACAUAGGGCUUCCAUCAUCAGGCUCACACGGUGAUUUGAAAGUUUUUGGCAAAAGGGGGGAGAUCCUCUUGCAGCUGUGCUUUUUAAUAAGCCCAUAGAAGCAAAGGCUUAGUUUGGUCCCUCACAGGGGCGUUUGCACUUGGGUGUUUAAAGCCAGACACGGACGGACAGUUUUGGUGAGGCGGCUUCAGAGUUCUCAGGAAAUAAUUACUGCGAACAUUUUAGGCUUGAUGGACAAGCGAGACUGAGAGUGGAACUUGAAGGAUUUCGGCCAGUUUGGGAAAUAGUUACUUUUCUUUUCUGGACCGGCAUUAAAUGGACAUUGACACUACUGAGAGAAGUUUUGUACCUUAAGACUUUUUUACAGAUAUGAUAUGAUCUAGAAGUAGCAUAGAUUAAGAUCUACUGAUGGAGACACAUUUGUAUAGCAAAAGAAAGUGUUUACUUUUUUCCUGUACCAUUUGUCAAAGGACUUUUGUGUGCCUUUUUUACUAUUGUCUUUAUAAUAGUUUUUUAUUUAUUGAACACUCUAGUAUGUCUGUGAAAUGGGUUUUUUUUUUUCUUAUCUGAAAGAGCAAAAUCUUAUUUUGUAUGUUAAAGAGAACAGUCUUCCAUGUAUUGGGCAAUAGAGAAAUCAAAACAAAAGUCGACAAACUCAUCUGAAUAGGGAAACAUUAACGCCCACAUUAUACGCACAUUUUGUCACAUUUGUUUUUAAAUCUGAGCACAAUGUUUUGUACUUGGAAUUCAAACGCUUAAUUUCACUCAUGGUUCAUGUUACAUUAAUGUUUGUUGCUUUCUUUAUCAGUUGUUGGUCAAUGAAUGUCACAGUCACACUAAGAUACUUAUUCAUACUUCAUCUCUCUUGACAUCAUCUUUCUCUUUUCUGUGUAACAGUCUGCAAUCCAUGGGUGGACUUCCUACCUCUUUCACACCAAAACUUGACUUUUGAUGCAAAGUGCUACAUGUCAAACUAUUUGAUCAGAUAUUCCUGCUACAUUUUCAAUGUACAUUCAUGGAGCAUUUGAUCUGUUUGAUUUUUCUUUUCAUUUCAUCCACCAAUUGUUUUUGUGUUGGUGUGAAAAAGAGGAUAGUCUAGUUCAAACCCUCAUAAACGGCAAUCUAUUAAUAGAUACAAUCAGCAGCAAUACGAUCCAAGUCUAAAAGCAAACAGAUCAUGGAUCAAGCUGCUUGGAAGUCAGGAAUGAAGUCUACCAAGGACGAAAUGCAGCGGUAAAUCUAUUUUUAGCCUACAAGUAGGCUGCAGUCAUAAUAAUCCUGUUAGAUGGAACAGGUCCUGACCCCAGACCCGUCUGAUGUAAUGCCACUACCCCCAUCCCCACCCCUUGGCAAUCAGGCCCAGGCCACAUGAUUAAAGGUGCUCGUACAGCACGGACAUGACCCCAAAACAAUCAGGCCGGCUAGUUCUUCCUCACAAUAAAAAUCCCUCAAGUGCUGCGUCAGGUCAUUGACGUCAAUUUAUUUUUUUCUCCUCCCCCUUGACUGUAUCAGGUUUCCAGGACAGUGGGGUUAUUGGGAUUACAAAUAGAUGGAAUUGCUGGAUUCGGCAUGGCAGACUGUAGCAUCUAGAAAAACAGAGAAAUAAUGAGGUGCUCUAGUUUGAAAACAAACCAAAAAAAGCCUGUUUUUGCUGCUGAACGGGGUUUGAAAAUGGUGUGCAGAUGUUACAUUACUGCUCCUGACGCUUCCAUGAAUCAUUUUUAUUGAUGUGCUAGUUGCAUCUAUAUUUACAGCUCUCCAUUUCCAUAUUGAUUUACUGAUAUACUCAAAGGUACAUUUAUUUCACUCCAGCAUGCGUGGCAACUGUGUGCAGUAUGUAUGUGUGUACAGUAUGAAAGAUUUUGUAUCUGUGUGUGAUUGGAUGUGUUGACUCUGUCAUCAGGCCUUACCACCAUCACUCCUCACCUUUGUCCCUACUGUUUGUCGCUAGGAGCUCAAGUCGGUCCUUUUUGCUGUUUAUAACAGUGUGUAUUUAUUCUCUACUUAAAGCUUGUAAAUAAGAACUACUGGUUCAGUGUAAAAUCUAUUUUAAUUUAUAUGCACUUGCAUUACCUGGAAUUGGUGGUGUCUAAUGUGUAGAAGACUCUGGAUUAGAGUCUUUUUAUAUAUGUAUUAUAUAUUGUUUUUUAUAUAAAUAUAUAUAUAUAUAUAAAUAUAUCUAAGUAUAUAUUCGCACAAUGUUUUGAGUGCCCAGCAGAGCAGCAGCUAAAGAGAUGUUUUGUUGUCACAUGAGGACCUUGUAACUCUAAAAUAGUUUAUUUUUAUUUUCAUAAGGACAAUUAAAAACAUUUAAUAAACGUUUUAUAAAAUAAUAUUUAACAAAGAUAUACUUUGGCAUCACUUCAAUAUUUUUGAAGUUUCUUUUCUCUUCGAAACUCGGUUUAGGCUUGGAUUCAAUUGUGAAAUAAUAGCCUUAAUUUCAAAGAGGACGUGUCCUCAUUUUGUUUCUUAGAUCAUUUUUCUGAUUGGAACCUGAUUUGGUCCAACUGAGAUUUUGAAGCUACAAGGUUUUCAUCUGACAGCACUAAUUUGGUAACCCAGGGGCGACAUAGAGGACAUGUUAAACUGCAUAUGCUUGGAAAUAGGAUACAUGCAGGCUAGCUAAGGAGCACAAAGGCUUAGUCGAUGCUUGGUAUCAAAGUACACCAAGAGCUUAUUUUCUCUCAGCAGCUUGUCACAACCUUAGCUUCUCCAUCCAGCAUUUGAAUGCAGAUUGCUGAUAUAUGAGGCCAGAUAGAUACAGGUUUACCGACAAACACAAAGCAAUUGUCUCCUUUUACACUUAACGCACUUGAUGUAAAAGUAGAUAACACGGGGACUGUAUUGAUAGCAUGCUACAAUACGCCCGGCACUGACGUGAAUCGUUCAGAAUUAACAACAAAACAUGGUCGUAUGUAACUGAUUGUGCUAAUGUGUGAACUCUUUCUGACCAAACUUGUUAGCAGUUUUGAAAUUCAAAUUUGUCAGUAUUAACAUUGUUUAUCUAUGUUCAAGCUUUUUUUGGUCCUAGUUGUGUCCAAAUGGUUAGCCAGAUUUAGCACUAUCUGCAUGAGAGAUGGUUUUUUUAAUGUCAAUAAUAUGUUCAAGUCCGCCAAUUGGUGGGUUAUUAAAUGUUUCACACAAUGUAUGGUAUUUUAUUGUAUAUUGUGUUCGAAAAAUGAAUCUGAAAUACUUUUUUUAUUAAGUGAUUAAAAGCAAAGCAUGAAUACA